AUGCUAAACCAAAUCCCUCUUGAUCUCUCACCACUUUCUGAUCCAAAAUUUUACCAAUACGAUCUUGACAUAGUCGUUUCCUGUCAUGGUUUCAUCUGUCUCUACUACCGUUCCCAACAUGGUGACAUCUACCUACGGAACCCCACCACCCCGUCGUUGUCAUCAUCAGGACUCAAGCCUCUUCCUCCUGUUACCCCUCGUGAAAAGUUCGAUGUCGAGCCAUAUAGUGUUGGGGUCGUCUUUGACCCAAUAUCCAUUGACUUCAAGGUCCUCAGGCUUCUGAAUGUUAUGUACAAUGAAAACCUCAAAGCAGAAGUGUAUACCAAAGUACUGGUUCGUGGAGACUGCUUGAAGAUUGUAGAGGGCCUUCCCCACUCUUUUUGUCCUGAUUUUUGGAACACAGUGUACAUGGGUGGAUUCUUUUUCUGGUGGACAAUUGAUGCGGGCGUUGAGAGUAUUGUUGCUUUCGACUUCAGCAAGGAGGUUUUCAUACUGAUGACGCUCCUGGACCUUUCUGCUUACCCGUGUUUCAGCCAACUCACAGUGUUGAACAAGUCUUUUUGCGGUGCUGGUUAA